UUAGUUGUCGUGGAAAACAAAGGACGCAAGCCUUACUUUAUUUUCGACUUGACACAAAAGAUCCGUUUGAAAUAUAUCUUUUACAUAAAUCAAAGUUUAUGUACACUGGAUUAGAUACAAGAUCUGAUGGCAAAUUUUUGAUUGACGAACAAUUCGCAAAAAUGGUCCAA